AUGACCAGUACCUUGCCUUCAUUGACUUGUCCAGCACCCGCUUCGAAAUCCAUUACGAGCGUCUGUGUAUUUUGCGGUUCAGGCGAUGGCGGCAAUCCAGAGUAUAGGGAACAAGCGACAGGUGGCGGCUCGGUGGGUCUUAUGGGUGCUGUUGCCAAGGCAGUGAUUGAUAAUGGUGGAAAAGCCAAGGGUAUCGUUCCCGAGCCUCUCUACCGAAAUGGCAGCAAGCAAAUAUGCGAGACAAUCAUUGUGCCUGAUAUGCAUACACGCAAGAAAACUAUGGGUGAUCAUUGUGAUGCUUUUGUCGUCCUUCCCGGUGGUUACGGCACCGCAGAGGAGAUGCUGGAAAUGAUUACUUGGUCACAGCUCAACAUCCAUUCCAAGCCCAUUCUGGUAUUGAACACCCGAGGAUUCUUUACCCCUCUUGUUGAAUGGGUUAAUGUCGCUGUGCGAGAACAAUUCAUUCGACCCAACAAUGCAAACAUCUUUGUGACAUGCGAUACGAUAGACGAUAUCUUGCGGGCAUUGAAGACCUACCAGGCUCCCAGUAGCCGUUAUGGAUUAGAUUGGGUUACCAACAGUGAUGGACAAAAUGGACGUAGCAUGACUUAG